AUGGCGCAUGUGUCACUUUGCAUUUUGGCGGUAAUUUGUAGCUUCAUUCACCAAGGACUGGCAAUAGUCUGCUAUCAGUGCAACAGUCAUAACGACUCGCGAUGUCUCCUGGAUAAAUUACCAGACUCCUUGAGGCAACCCUGCAGCGGACCCAAGGACACCAUGUGCCGAAAGAUCAUCCAGGUUGUGGAAUUCGAGAUGAAUGGCAUGCCGCCCGACAGCCGCGUCAUCAGAGGCUGUGGGUGGGACGAGAGCAGCUAUAAGGGUCGUUGCUACCAGCGCUCUGGUUUCGGCGGUAGACAGGAGGUGUGUUCAUGUUUAGAGGACGGCUGCAACUCUGCUUCUGUUCCCGUUGGUGCCACCGCAUUAAUGUUGCUCACGUUCGCACUACUAAAGGUCUAA